AUACACACAUGAUAACAAAGUUAGAGCGAAGAUUAACCAUUGUACAGUUGCUCGAGUGGAAGUGAUGUGGUGCUGCUGAAGAUAUGUGAUCGUGGUUAAUGGAAUCACGCUUUGGCUACCAGUGUUAGAAGGUUGAUCAGGAGGUGCAGGAAUGUGGAAUGUAAUUCUGGUGGCUCUGGCUGCAGGCACGGCUUGGGGGAGGCCGAGGGGGGAGCACGUGUGUCAGGAGGAGCACAGGUUUAUCGUCAACGUGACGGAGUCUUUCCUGAGGAAUUCCACAGUGAGGCACUACAAAUGGUGCAUGAAUGUUCCUCCGAGGUGUUCGUUUUAUACUACGAAGGUGAUUAAUGAUAGUCGAAUUGUGGAAAAAGAAGUCACCGAUGUCAUUGACAAGUGCUGUUCCGGGUACAUGGAGGACAUCACCACGGGCUUGUGCUUACCGGAUUGUCCGGGGUGCUCCAAGGGGACUUGCCUGGCUGGGGAGUGUUCCUGCUUUCCCGGAUACAAGGGGGAGAUGUGUAACGUUGACUGCGAGGAGUUCGAAUGGGGAGAAGGUUGCAAGUUUAAAUGUAAUUGCAAUGGUGGUGGGUGUGAUCGUUUUACAGGAAGUUGCCUCUGUCUCCCAGGAUGGAUAGGAGAUGAAUGCCAGUCCCCCUGCCCCGCCGGCUUCUACGGCUCUCUUUGCCAGCUCCGCUGCCCGUGCGAGCCCUGCCACCCGGCCACCGGCCGCUGCCUCCCAACCUCCCCCUCGCCGCCCCUUUCCUCCCCCUCGCCCUCUUCGCCGCCCAUCAGCUUCACCAACAACGGGAAGCUCGAGGUCCCCCAGGCCGCCCUACUUUCGACACCUCCGCCGACGGAAGCGCCGUUUCCCAUCUUUGAAGACGCACAAAGGCGAGAAAUUGACGAGAUGCCAAUCAACAAUUACGUUUCGGUGGGUCGCGAUAGUCUCGCCGAGACCACUGAACCGGUGCAGAUCACGAAAUCGCGAACGAAAGUGAAAAGUACCGAGGUUAGUGGCGGAAACGGGGGAAAUCCCGAGAUUAACAAGAACGAUCUGGUCAACAGCGCCAGUGCGGCGACGGCCAUUUCCGCGGGGAUCAUCAUCGUGGCGGCGGUGAUUGUGGCGGCGAACCACUUCAAGAGGAGCCGGAAGGCCAAGGACGGGGAGAGGGGCAAGGGGGUGUCGACGGUGGCGGUGUACACGCAUAGUAUUUUUCACACGCCGCUGCCAGAUCCUCCCAUCUUCGAAAACCCAAUAUUUGUUAACCCCGUCGAAACCAACCCUUCAGGUGAAGGCCGCUUCGAAACCCACGUCGUCUGCAGCAUGAAUUUUCCCGGACACCCCAACAGCAAAGAUUUUCUCUACGAUCAUCCCCCUUCAACAGGAAGCUAUCGAGCCGCCUCAAUACCUGAACCCGACCUCGAUUUGAGCCACAGUGUGCACUCGGAACCUGUGUAUGAUGAGAUUCCUUCCGGCAUUGCUCCAAUACCCAUAUCACAGCCGCCCCCGUCGUACAAAUCGUCGUCUUUGUAUAUGAACACGUGCGGGAAAACGAGAUUUUAAACGAGGGUUGAUCGAUAAUGACGUGUUUAUUGGUUAGGUGUUCACGAAUACGUGUAUAAGUUGUAGUUUUUUUGUAGAUUUGAAUAAAGUGUGAAUGGCUGGGUUUGUGUUCCUGUUGAAUUUUAUUUUUAAUGUGGUAAUUUCGUAAGGAUAUUUAUUACUGUGUAAGAAUAUAACUUUGUACAACGCAAAUGUCUACGUAUUUUUAAUAAAACAAAAUGAAACUUU